UAUGUAGCCCUAGAAGGCACAAGCCCAGCCCAGACCCGGGGACUCACCGCGCUGCUGAGUUCCUAUUUUUCCGAAAGGACAUUCGCAAUUAUAAAGAGGAACCGAGUGCGACCCACGUAGAGCACUUUAUUUUACGGAUAUUCAUUUUUUUCUGGAUUUCAGAUGAAUUUAUAGCGCGUAUUUAUCAUAUUUUUCUCUGCUUUUUUGGUUUGGAUUUACGAAGGGCGUGUAUGUGAUCUGUGUCGGGAGUUUUGUCUCCUGACUGUACUUCGAUACAUUGAGGAAUGACAUCAACUGGAAAAUAACACCGAAUCGUAUGAAUGGAGAACAUGGAAAUCAACGUUCUGGAGAAUAAUUUUGAGAAGAAACUAACACUAACGGAAAAAUGUGCGCCCCCCCCCCUGCCCCCCCCCCUCCAGAGCCCCACCCUGAGGGAACUGCAGAGUCCAGGAGACUCGGCCAUCACAGAGCCCUCCACCAUCACAGACCUCUCCCCCAACACAGACUCCUGCCUGCUGUCCAGCACAGAGCCCUCCACCAGGACCGACGCCCGGCCGGCCACCCCGGGCACCAGCCCGCAGCCCAGGAAAGAUGGGAUGAACUCUGAGCAGAGACAGAAGCUGGCCAAGGAGCGGAGAGAGGAGCGCGCCAAGUAUAUAGAACAGCAGACCCAGCUGCAAGCGGCUAAGAAGGCCCAGUGGCUGGAGAAGGAGGAGAGGGCUCGCCGUCUGAGGGACAGCCAGCUGGAGGAGCGCAGGAGGAGGCUGGAGGAGCAGAGGCUGAAGACGGAGAGACGCCGGGCGCUCCUGGAGGAGAAGCAGCAGCAGAAACUAGAGAAGAACAAGAAGCGCUAUGAACAGGCCAUCAAGAGGUCCACCAAGAAGACGUGGGCAGAGAUCCGCCAGCAGAGAUGGUCCUGGGCCGGGGGCUUGAACCAGACCUCCCGCAGGGAAAGCCGGUGUUCAGCCUCCACAGUCAACCUGCCGAGACAGCUGGACCCUGUCAUUAACAGCAGGCUGUCCAAGUCGUCCGCCACGCUGUGGAACUCCCCCAGUAGAACCCGCAGCCUGCGUCUCAGCCCGUGGGAGAGCAGGAUCGUGGAGCGCCUCAUGACCCCCACGCUGUCCUUCCUGGCUCGCAGCCGCAGCGCCGCCACCCUGCUGAACACCAGCGACUCCAACUCCCAGCAGUGCUCUCGGUCUGCCUCGGCCAGCCCCCUGACCGCCUACUCCCACCAGCACCCCCGCCACGCCCCCCCCGACCGCCACGCCCCCCCCGACCGCUGGAGGGUGUCCGCCAGCACGCCCGACAUCACCCAGCGCCCUCGCCGUCGCAACUCUGCUCCACUGGAGAAGAAGAACAAGGAGAAGAAAGACAAGGAGAGGGAGAAUGAGAAAGAGAAGAACGCUCUCUCCAAGGAGAAGGUGCUGAAGCAGAAGCCGCCCUCCAGAUCCAGGCCAGAGGCCAGUGUUCCUAAACCCAAGAAAAGACCCCCAUCCCCUGGGGCCCCCAAAAGCAGGCCCCUGUCUCCCUGCCCCCCUGGGGCCCCAAGGACCCCCUCCACAGGCACCAAGACCCGCCCCAAGCGGGCCUCCACCCCCGCCAGGAUACCGGCACAGACCGUCACCGCCGUUGCUGUGGAAACAAACAGAAAGCCACGUCAGCUCGACAGCCCCGGAGACACGAAAACAGGCUCCAGUGCUGUUCCUGCCGUCUUGGUAUCUGCCCCACCCACCCCCCAGACCCUGACUGCCCCAGUCACAGUUAGCCCCUCCUCCAAAGAGCCGGCUGCCUCGACUGCCCCAGCUAGCCCCGUUACCCCUGUGGUUACAGCAGUUCCAGUUGCACUACCUGCCCCUUCCCCUCCACCUGCCCCUUCCCCUCCACCUGCCCCUUCCCCUCCACCUGCCCCUUCCCAGCCCUCCAAGACUCCUUCCCUUGCCCCUGCCCAGCCCUCCAAGACCCCUGCCCCUGCCCAGCCCUCCAAGACCCCUGCCCCUGCCCAGCCCUCCAGGCCCUCUGCCCCUGCACCUGCCCAGCCCUCCAGGCCCUCUGCCCCUGCACCUGCCCAGCCCUCCAGGCCCUCUGCCCCUGCACCUGCCCAGCCCUCCAGGCCCUCUGCUGGCACCAACGACCCAGAGGAGGCGGCCCGUGUGCUGGCAGAGAAGCGUCGUGUUGCCCGGGAGCAGAGAGAGAGAGAGGAGCAGGAACGCCAGGAUCAGGAGUUGAAGAACAGGGCCCUGCGCGAGGAGGGCAAGGCUCGCGAGGCGGAGGAGAGGAGGCGCAGGGAGGAGGAGGCGCGGGUGAUGGGGGAGGAGCAGAGAGCCAGGGACCAGGCCCAGCGGCUGCAGGAGGAGAGGGAGGCACAGGACAGAGCUCAGCAGGAGCAGGAGGAGAACGACAGGCUGCAGAAACAGAGAGAGGAGGCUGAGGGGAAGGCUCGCGAGGAGGGGGAACGGCAGCGUCUGGAGAGAGAGAAGCACUUCCAGAGAGAAGAACAGGAACGCCUUGAGAGGAAGAAGCGCCUGGAUGAGAUCAUGAAGAGGACUCGCAAGAGCGACGCAGGAGAAAAGAAGGACACAAAGUUGUCAUCUCAGCUCAAUGGAAAGGACAACAGUUCAGACACAGAGAUCAAUCAAGCACCAGGAAGCCAGCAGAGACCUUCAGAGUUAUUGGAUAGCAGUCCGGCAGACAUAAACCAGUCACAAGGAGGGUCUGGCCCUGUGCUGAAUGGUGUUCAACCUAUCAAACAACAGAACGGCCUGUCAUCCAAUGGAGAAGCAGCUGACUUUGAGGAGAUCAUUCAGCUGUCCAAUCACAGCGAGAAGAGCACGUUGGGGUCAGGUGACCAGCAGAGUGACCCAAUCCUGGCUCUGGAGGAAGAGGAGCCCUUCCUGAGGAAGACCAGCCCCAUGAAGCCUCAGCAUGUUGCAGAGGUCCUGUGAGUGCCCAGGCUGCAGGACCCUGCCCAGGCUGCAGGACGACCCUGGUGGAGCCUGACCCUAACCCUGGUGGAGCCUGACCCUAACCCUGGUGGAGCCUGACCCUAACCCUGGUGGAGCCUGACCCUAACCCUGGUGGAGCCUGACCCUAACCCUGGUGGAGCCUGACCCUAACCCUGGUGGAGCCUGACCCUAACCGUGACUAGAGAGCUGCAGUCGCUCAGGAGGAGGACGUGUGCCAAACAAACACAGAAACAUCCACACGACUCAAGGCCGCGAGGAGGGGGGGAAACUCAUUACAAAAUGAACAAAAAAUGUGCAAACAAAUGUAAACAUUUUCAUUCUUCUUCACUGCCUCUUACAGUCCAAGAUUUGUUCAAAUGUCACAUGCAGAUUUUGGUGCACCUUAAAUGACUGACAAUAUAAUGAAUUUUAGAGAAUACAAGACCUGAAAAUACACAGUAUUAGAUCAUGGUUGUUAUUAUCAUUAUUGUUGACGUUAUAAUAUUACUAUUGUUAUCUUAAAUUGAACAAAGUGUGUGUGUUGGUUCUUUUUGUCUUGAAUCAUUGAGCUUAUUUAAUGUGUGGAACAUUAUAAGGAUGGGCCACAAAUACUGUAUGUAAAUGUGUAUGAUCUUGGCUCUGUGGAUUAAAGCUUUAUGAAAGAGAUGUCUGCUUUUCUGUCAGUCAAGCAGGAUUUUACCGUUUGAGGAAACGGUCCUCGUUAGUUGCCUCUUGCAUGAUUUGACUAGCUGAAAAACUGAAACCUCUUAAUUUCAUUAAUAAAAGAAGAACUUAGUGUUCAUUUGUAUCAUUCUGA